AUGUUCGCUAAAGUAAUAAUCUUCUCCGGCCUUUUGGCUAUCAGUCUCUGUGCUCCAGUCGACGAACCAGUUGCCAUUUUAGCCCAAACUUCCGACAUUUUACCUGACGGUAGCUUCCAGUCCAACUACGAAACUGCCGACGGAACCAAAGUCGAACAGACCGGUACUAUCAAGCAAGUCGGAGAAGAAGUAGUUCAAACCAUACAUGGCUCAAUUUCCUACACCGACAAAGAAGGAAACAAACACGAUUUGACCUAUGUUGCUGACGAAAAUGGAUUCCAACCUCAAAGUGCUGACUUGCCAGUAGUACCCGAAAUACCAUUACCCAUCCAGAAGAGUUUAGAAUACAACGCAGCCCAUCCCGAACCAAUGGAACACUAGGAUUUUUUUUAGUUUUUUUUUUGACGCCGCAUGCUGUUUUUAUAAAAUAGCGAAUAGACCUUUGACUGUUUUUUUGUUAGGUUUUCUAAAAUACAUUUUGACUAAUUGAAAUUUUGUAUUUUUCACUUUAUUGGCAACAUUUUAUCAUGUCGCAUCUACAAUAUAGAUGUAUGUGGAAUAUAUACUGUUUC